AUGCAAAACCCCUUGUCGGCAGAGGCGAUAGAAAACCCGGGGAAAAGUCCACUUUACAGCCAUCCUCCCUCUUUCUUCGGUACAAAAACCCCCCGAGAGCAAACCAACCAAUCGGAAAGCAGCUUUGAAAGGAAACGUGAAAGCCGAGCUGGACGGAAGGCUUCAGAGAGGGAGGAGGAAGAGUUCAAAAUGAGCAAGGAAAAGCUGAUGGAACAGGAGAGAAUUCUGCAGCAGUUCCACGCGGACACCGUUUUCCUUUCAGGGAACAAGGAGUGGCUUGUCCAGAAGAACUUCUUUGUCGUGAAAAGCACGGUGGAGAAGAUUGUGAAGUGGGCCUAUGAAUCCAGCAGGGGGUUAUACCCCUUUGAGCCCAUCCCCUUGGGCAGCUACAAGGAGGAGCUGCACCUUCAAGCGGAGAGCGCUUCCCACGAUUUCGACUUCCUCGUCCCGCUGCGGUAUAACUCCAAGCUGGCGCUCAGGAGCAGAUGCGUCCCCCACGACUCCCCCAGCCGCCCCAGCCGCGAGCUCCCCACCUACCUCUUUCGCCGGAGGGGAGUCCGCGAGCUUCCUGACAAAGGGCUGCCGGCCUUUCGCCAGGGCACCAAAGUGCUGGUGGACGUCGAGGAGGUGGCGGAGACGGAUGUGGAGAUCUAUUGCGAUAAGCCAAAAUCGCAGUGGGGGGAAGAGGAGGAUGAGGAGGACGCCGAGUACUAUAACUUAGAAAUGUGCCAGGAGAGUCUCAGCUGCCAUAAUCUGAAUCCAGAGCAAAUCCUGAAGGACUUCCAUCAAUAUGUAGGCAUUGCCUUGAAUCCAGAGUACACCCAUCCUCGACAAAAUGAUCCUGUUUUCCAACGUCGGCUUUUCCCCUCCCGAGUACCCAGUAUCCAUAACAGGAUGAGAGAGAACAUCAAAUUAGAGACCUUGGAUUUGAGCGGUUGUGCCAUCCAGUUGGCUUUCGACGAAGGGAACGAAAUUGUCCCAGUGAAGCUGGUGCCGGCCAUUCGGGGGGUGAUAAAGUUCUCCAAUGAGUUUAUAAGGGAAGAUUUCACCCACCUUUCUGACUGGUGGGGCGGUGACCUGAGCAACGAAAAGAAAAGCUUCCUCCGGAAGGUAGAGGCCGUUACGGAAGCAGGGCCGGAGCUCGUCCCAAAGGGAGGAUUCUGGAGGCUGUCUUUCAGCUGUGCUGAGGCUAUGAUCCUUGAGGAAGUUGACGCCGAUGGAGGACAGAGGCGGGCGGCUUUACGACUGCUUAAGUUUGUUAACAAGACUAGAUGGACCCCAGAGUAUGGCAAAAUCUUGACUUCCUAUCAUCUUAAGACCAUUUUGCUGUGGUGCUGUGAGAUCUACCACCACAAAGAACACUGGGAGACUCUGCUGUCCUCUCUAGAGACGCUCCUUGGGCUGCUAAAACACACCCUGGCUGAGAAAAACCUUCCUCAUUAUUUCCUACAGCCUGUCAAUCUCUUCAGCAGGCACUACAAAAUCAGCAACAGUACCUACCGGCCCUUAGCCUUGCAGGCCCUCUGCCAUGAGGUUUCAGCCAUGUUGGCAGAUGCCACGGCCUACCUCGUGCCGGGCCACGAAUCGCCAGGCUGCUCAGCCAACAAAGACCAUGAAGAGAAAGCCGCAGCUCUCCAGGAGUUUAAAGAAAGACAUCAGGAAGAGCUGAAAGAGCUCAAGAGAAUGGAAGAUGAACGAAUGUAUGAGGAAGUGGAAAUUACUGAAGAAUAAACCCUGCUGAGCUUCCUUAGGGAACAAAUCUGCUUAUGCUGCCAUAAAACCUGGCUUUGGUCCCAGGGCUGGGGUUAAUUAUGGUUGGGGUUUGGGGGGGCGUGUUUGGUUUGGUUUCAUUUGUGUCAUUUUUAGAUCCUUUUAGCCUGGACUGCCAGUGUGGUUUUAGGUUUUAUCAGUUUUUAUGGAUUGGGGGUGUGUGGUUGUACACC